AUGUAUUUUGGUGUAAAUGUGUGCGUUGUAAUAGGGGCGCCGCGCAGCACAGUACAGCACAGCCAAGGGAGUGAAAAGUGCAAUCAGGCUUUAAACAUGGAAGGAAAGCGAAACGGCCCAAUCUCAGCCCGACCACCCCUUGUUACCAAAUUGGUGAUCGGAACCGCAGCCCAUGGUCUAAAGCUUACCGAAAAAGCACCGCUGCUCAUACUCCGAGAAGCCGCCGGUCAGAACCCAUCGUGGCGACCGAUAAAGAGGCGAGAUCCAAAAUGGGCUGACCCGCCGACUCACCCGGGAAGAGGAAGCCGCCCAUCCAACGAGCCUUCGAACGCCGGCCGCACGGCCCAGAGAAGCUGCCGCCCCAAUGGUCCGGAGGCCCCUGCUGGAGGAAGGCAAACUGGAUCUAAGGAAAGCAAAUAUCAUUUUUUUUUCUAG